GCGUCCACAGACGAUAGUUGUUUGACUUGCGCUCGCGCUCCAUUGGAUAAUCGACGCCUGGCGGAGAACGCGCUCGACACUGGCGAAAGUGAAAAUCCUCACCUAACGCCCGGUCUAGAGUGACUUGUGGUGGGCUUCGAGAAUAAAACGGCACCCACCAACGCCCCAUGGAGAUUUGGUUGGUUUGUUUGGGGCUGCUGUUGCGGUUGCUGAACGUGCUCCUGAAACCGAUCGUCGCGUUCGUCGGCGGCUCCAAACGGACUGCCCACUUUCCGGAGAUUCGCAAUGAUAUGCUCAACAUUCCGGCCGUGGAUCUGGCCGAACGGAUACGGAACAAGGAGCUCCGGUCCGAGGAUGUCGUGCGAGCCUACAUAGAGAGGAUCCGCGAGGUUAACCCGCUGCUCAACGCGGUCGUCGAGGAGCGGUUCGAGGCCGCCAUCGAGGAAGCGCGCAAAGCAGACACGCUGAUUGCGGAGACGCAACCGAUAUGGCUGAUCAAGAACUACCCGCUGUUGGGCGUCCCGUUCACGGUGAAAGAGUCCUGCGCGUUACGGGACGCCCCCAUCACCGGUGGGUCGCUGGCUCGCAAGGGUCUGAAGGCGACGGCCGACGGUGAGGCGGUGGCCCAUCUGCGGACGGCCGGCUGCAUUCCACUGCUGGUAUCCAACACACCCGAGUACUGCCUGAACUGGGAGUCGUACAACCACAUCACCGGACGCACGCUCAACCCGCACGACAGCCGGCGGACUGCGGGCGGUUCGUCCGGCGGCGAAGGAGCACUAAUCGGGGCCGGCGCCUCGUUGUUCGGUGUGGGCAGUGAUGUUGCCGGUUCCAUACGGUUACCGGCACACUUUAACGGAAUCUUCGGCCAUAAACCAACGGCGGGUGCAAUCUCGAUCCGGGGUCACUUCCCGAUGUCGACCGACGAAAAGUUCGGCCGACUGCUGACGGUGGGGCCGAUGUCACGGUACGCAAAAGAUCUGCCGACCCUGCUGCACAUCAUGGCCGGCCCGGGUGCGGCCAAGCUGCGGCUCGGCGAGAGCGUCUACACGCGGGACAUCCGCAUCUUUUACGCCGAAGAUAUGGGCUUCAAUCCUGGCCACCUGCCGGUCGACGACGACAUCAAGAUGGGGCUUUACCGUGCGGUACAGUACUUCAAGGGGCACGGCCUAGCCACCGAGCGGUUCGAGUUCGACAACAUGCCCGAGGCCAUGGAGCUGGCGUUCAGUGUGCUCCAGUCCCUCAGCGACGUCCCGAGCAUCUUUCACAAUCCCGCCAACCCGAAGGCACCGCACAGCCUGGGCGUGGAGUUGCUGCGCAGUGUCCUGGGGCGGUCCCAGUACACCCUCGCCGGUAUCAUGUUCUAUGUGAUAUUCAGUCUGAAGAACUUUUUCACCUCCGACCGGCUGGACGCGUACCUCCAGAAGGCGGCCCAGAUGCGGAAGCAAAUGAUCGACACACUCGGCACCGAUGGCGUGUUUCUGUUUCCCACCUUCCCGACCUCGGCCCUGCGGCACUAUGAGUCGUUCGGUCACAUCAUGGGCGUCGGCUACACGAUGCUGUUCAACGCCCUGGGCCUGCCGGCCACUCACGUGCCGCUCGGCUUCGAUCGACACGGACUCCCGAUCGGUAUCCAGGUCGUGGCAGCCCCGUUCCAGGAUCGACUCGGCCUGUGCAUUGCCCGCGAACUGGAGGCGGCCUUCGGUGGGUGGAAGGCACCCAAAUGAGGUCCUCCCAGAGCCGGCGUUAACUCUUAACCCCGCGGAAGCCAGAAUGGGAA